UUUUUUCCCAACCUUUAACUUUCCCCUGUCAUAUGUUUUACGGCAAUGCGCAAGCGUAGACGGAAUAAGACUUUUAAAACGAAACUUGAUAAAUUUCUCAGAACCAUUGAAGGCUAGAAUCUGACAUGUGAUGAAAUCAAACCACUAUGAUAUGCCCCAAUUGCAGUGCAGAAGUUAAAGAAAACAGUAAAUUCUGUACAAAAUGUGGGAAGGCAGUUCCGAAGAGUAGUCCAAAGAAGACUGCCUGUCCAAAUAUCAUAGAAAAUGGAGUGUGUAGGAAUACAAUUCAAAGUGAUGAGAAGUUUUGCUCUGAAUGUGGAUGGGAAAUAAUUGAUAAAGCGUUUGAAACUGGCACGUAUAUGUGUUUUGAGAAAGGAGAAAAAUGUAAAAAUUUGAUAAGUCGUGAAGAAAGUUUCUGUGAUGAAUGCGGGAGUCCAGCGAAAGAAUACACCCCUAAAGACAUAACAGAAGAGAAAUCAAACAGUUCUGAGGAUUCAAAGACUGAAGAAAAUCAAAGCGAAGAAGUAGUGGAUUCCGACAUCAGUCGCAGUACAAUUUCCAGCAGUAGCACAUUUUCGAAACCAGACGUAGACAGAAGAGUACAGGACGAUCAAAAUCAGAAAAAUGAAGCAAGUGAGACGAACUCCACUGGAAGUUCAUCUCCAGAUGUUUAUCCCCAUAAAGACGUUUGGACUCGCAGUUUUCAAGACAGUUCGAAAGAGAAUACAAAAAACCCACAAGAAGAAAAUGACAAAAAACCCGAUGAAAAUGCCAGCAGUUUCCAAGGCGAUACCAAAGGUAUAACGCCAAACAAAAGUGAAGAAAACAACGUUCCAAUUUGCCCAGAACACAAUGAAAAGCCUCAAGAAGUAGAUGAAAAGAUAUUUAAAGAGGACUCGCAAAUCGAUAGAGGCUCUGAGUUUCAGCAGGAUUCUGCUCAUUGUAGUAGUAAUGAAAAUGACAAAGUCUGUCAUCCUGCAGUGCCCUGUAACGAUCCUGGAUCAACACCUGAACCUCCUGGAAAACACCUCAAGAUCAUCUGUGACGAUGAUAAAGAAGAUGACGAGAACAAAAAUGACAUUGCAAAUGAAGAUGAAUCAAGUAAUGAAAAAAGACCCGAUGAAUCCAAAGGUAAUUAUGCGGGCAAAGCAGCAAAUGGGAACGAUAAUACCGGACCAUCAGCAGACGGGACAAGUGUUCAUCCAAUGCCUUGUAAAGGUGAUGCAUUGGAGGAAAAUAAAGAGUCUGGGAAUUCCAAAAAGACAAAACAAGGAAUAGAGCGAGCACACACAAUAUCUACUCGCAGACAAGGAAAUUCUUGUGAUAUCACGAUUGAAUUCCAUGCUAUAGCUUCCAAGGCUUUCUUAACAGACCCAAGGAGUAAAAUUAUUGGUAUCCGAUUCAAUGUAGAGGAGGUGGGAGGUUGGAGGAAUGUCCACCCUUGCGAUGUCGUCAGGCAAAUAGAGAAUGAUGAGGGAUAUGAAGUAUUCCUUAGAAUGACGUUUCCACGCCAGUUUUUGAAGACAAAGUCCCUUGAAUACAAAUACUGUGUAAUGUUUCCGAAAGCUGACUACUCUAGCAGCGAAUAUUUCUAUAUGUCAAGCAAUAGAAAUAAUGAUGACUUAACAAAUACAAGAAAACUGUUUUGGAACGAGAAGUUUGGAGAAAUUUGGCAGCAAUAUGAUGGAGUUGUCAAUGCAGUUCCUGAACCAACAUUGUUCCAGUGGUUUUGGGAUAACUAUGAGAAUGAGCUUCUUCAAAAUUUAAAGAUAUAUAUGAGAUGCUGUUGUCCACUUAUCGAGUAUCUGAAUCAAAAUUCAAACUCAACAGCAUCAGAGGUAUUGCAGAGUCUCGCAAUGAUGUUCAGAAGUCUAGAGGAUACGUAUUUUUAUCCUCUCAGGUUCUGGAGACAAAAGCACAUCGACUUCAGGAAACAUUUGAACAAGGAACUCUUUGAAGCCCUAGCUCCCUGCCUCAUCAAAGUAAUAACCAAGAAACAAAUGGACCUGUCCACAGGAAUGUUACUUCUGUAUGUUAGCAAGGAAUACUCAAUCACUUUCUCACCCGAUGUUAAAGCAGCCAUUUUCCAGUCCUUCAUACUUGACACAAGCAAGGAAACUAUGAUUUCACCAAAAUACGAGAAGCUGAAAGAAGAAUUUCGAGAUUAUAUUGAGUACUGCGAGAAAACGUUGGAAUAUGCAAUACACUCAGAAAGAGAUUCUGAUGACCCAAUGUGGUUGUGCUGCAUCCCCGUCUACCAUUUUUUGAAAGGCACAUGUAAACCUUUUGAUGAUUUACCAAACAUUUUUUCACACAAUGCAGAGAAGCCAAUAUGGUGGGGGAAAGUUGGGAUUCAUGUUCCCAUGGACAACCUUAAGGGAAAAACAUAUUGGAAGAGGUCACCUCAUGACAUGCUCCUGAAACUUACCACAAUGUUCGACAUAGACUACCUUCUUCCUCGCUCCUUCAUGGCUGUUUUACAGUUGGACAAAUUGGAAUCUAUCGUUAUGGAACAUCUAAUUCCACCAGAAGUAGUUUUGGCAGGAAUGUAUUACUAUGUGAUCAAGGGUAUCAUUCCGAAAGAUGACAAAACAGUUCAGACUGGAAUUGUUUGCUUCAAAGAAGUGAUACGACAUUUACAACGCAUCGAUCGAGAACUUAAAGCUAUGACACAGAAAACAAAGACUAGAAUUACGUUAACAGUCGAGAUUUGCUCGGAUGUCUUAAAAACAACACUUCUGCGAUGUUCAAAACGAAAAUUCCCCGCCUUUGCAAUAGCAGCCAUUGCGACAUACUUGACAUCAGCGUCACUUUUUGAAAAAAGCAUGGGAACUAAAACGCCUGGAGAAGAAACCAAAUAUACGGAGAGCUUUUGGGGAAGUUUUUCCCUGAUCAAAACCUGGGUUCAAGCAUAUGCAUUUGACGAACUAUUCGACCACUUAACGGUUUGGAACGACGUGAUUGGAAUCGACAUUUCUAGUGAGGAACUCCGUAGACAUUUUUUGUUCGAAAUGAAAGGUGCAAUGGAAUCAAGUCUAUCAAAGCGGAUAUCAUCUUCUGCUUUUGUUGAAAAAUUAAUCACCAUAUACUGCAAGGAUGGGCAUAAAUAUCAUGACGCGGUCCAAGAGGUUCUUGGAAAGAUUGCCAUACAGGCACUUGCAGUAGGAAAAUAUUCGCACAAGAGUGAUUUGACUGGGAAUACGAAAUUUGGAGAGAUGAUGUCUGAGCUUUUCAAGAGAAAAUGGGAAGAGACUGGAAGGAAUAACAAUUUACUGUUAUUUGCCCUGUCUUGGCCCCCCAUGAUCCAGUUUUUCACGAUGUUUUAUGAGACGAAAGUCAAAGGGAUUCUCAAGAAUGAUUGCCAAAGACAAUUAACAGAUGUUGCUGCAUAUUUAGAGCAGUCGCUAAAUGAUCUAGUGAGUGGCAGUAUUCGAAUUGGAGAUUUGGAGCUGAUACGAAAUGCAGAAGAACGCUUUAUGGAAAUGAAUGCAAUAAUUUGGAAAUACAAAAAGCAAUCCGACAUGGAAAGGCUAGUGAUGCGUGGUUUUCUGCUUUUGAGAUUAAAGGAAGUGCAAACAUUACAAGACACUUACGACCAUCUUCGUGCUUUUGCACAGUUAUGCCAGCAAUUUCAAGAAAAUUUACCCGAUUUCAAGACGUUUUCGAUGCCGGAAAACGAAAUGCAGCUUAAUAAAUUUUUCAAAACAAUGAAAGCGGUUGAGGAAUAUGACAUGGAAAAAAUAAAGAAGUAUGAUCCAGAGAUGCAGAUCCCAAAUAUACCAACGGAUCUGAUCAAGAACUUGCCAAAACUUAAAGAACUUUCGGAAGGGACAGUAUUUAUUACGAUGUGGAGAAAAGAAGGAUUGGACAGAAAAACCAAUUUAGGACGUCCUUUGACUAUCAAUGAGAUUUUCGAAUCAGUUUGGACAAAAGUCUUUGAUAGUUGGAAGAAACUGCAAGAGAAACUUGAGAGCGGAGAAAUCACUUUCAAGGAAUUUGAAACACAUUUUAGUAGAAUGGAUAUAGAUUCUAUCAAGAAAGAACUUACGUUUUUCUGGAAGUCUCCCCAAUUUUUUUGGAUAAAGGAGAGAUACACUCAGAUUGAGCAGUACAAGUUAUUGCGACAAUGUCUGACGGGAGCACGUGUAAUUCUUGACUUCGUAAAGGAAUUUGAACUAAAUGGAAAUUUUUCAGCAAUAGAAAGAAUUGUGGAAAUGGAAGCCAACGAUGACAUUCCCAUGAAGGAAUUGGAUGCCAAUAUGAUGACAACUUGUGGAAUUUUGCAGGAUAUCAAGAAGAACGAGAUUGAAUGCCUAAGAACCCUUAUUCAUUGUAAAGAAGUGGUAUUCUGGCUGCAAAAAUAUAUGAAAAACCUGCAGGAGCUAAACGUGUUCACUGAUUUGGCUACCAUGACAGCCGGGGAAGGAGAUAUGGAAGUCGACAAAGUCAAUUUUCUUCACUCUGCAACCAGAGGAUAUGCAGCUUUAAUCUUCAGUUUGGACAAAUCAUGUGACUAUGCCGAAUUCAUCACCAGGUGUAAACAGGUUUGGAGAGAGCUAGCGGCAGAUCCAAAUUUACCAGAUAAAAUGAAAGACACCAGGAGAAAUCUUGAUUGGUUUGAUGGUGUAAGACAGUCACAGGGAUCUGUCGAAGUUUCUUCAAUGGAACAGGCGAAAGCUAUCAAUGCAGCAGGAAUAUAUGUGAUCGGGAAAUUGCAGGAGGACUCGCAUACACAUAAAUUGAGUGUAGAUGAUGUUUUGCAACUACAUGUCCAGGAUGAAUCACAGGAACAAAGACUGCGUCGAAAAUACCAUUACAAAGAAUUGCAAGAGCUUCAAAGCAAACUGAUGCUUGUUGCUGGAAAAGCUGAAAAAGGAAAGGAAGAUGUUGAUAGGUUUACAUUGGUUCUUGAUUCCGUGGUUCGCCUGUGUAAUGUUUACAUCAAACUUGUCCAAUCUGGAUGCGUUCUCUUUACAAAUUGGCAAGCCAGGUUUUUAUGCGAUCCACGUCGACCAGUUUGUGCUUUUAUCAAAUUUGGAGUUGGAAAAGAAUGCACACAGCUGAAAGGUAGACGGAAUGACGCUGAUGAUGUUACCACCAUUAUGCCUGAAAUUGCAAAGUUCAUGGAAGACUGUCUAGAGGAAUGGCUAAGUUAUAUUGAUGCAAGAAGAGAUGAAUACUACCACCUUAAUUAUUAUACCAUGGAUCAAGUAGUCAUUCUUCAAAAAGAGUUAGCUAGGUUGAACACUGACAACGAAAUAUCAGAUCUUACCAUUCCUCUUCUCUCGAUAGUGAACAGUGACUGCACUUAUCAAGAUGUUCUUGAAGCAAUGCAAAAAGCCAACGAAGAAGUUGAAGAAUUGGAGGCUAGAGAAGAAGGAACAGUUCCGGAAGAAGUUGAUAUUUCAGAAGAAGAUAAUGUAGCAAACUUCAUACAUGAAAUGGUUGAAGCUGGACAUAAACAGAUAGUAGCUAAGGAGGCUUUGGCAAGUGGAAUCGACCCUAAAGAUAUUGAUGAAGGGUUACUGUGGUGUAUUGAAAAUGAAGAAAACAUUUUUUCUGAAAAAGAAGGAAAGAAGAAGUCUUCUGCUGCAAGGAUGACGUUGUCGUCUGCAAACGAACAAAUGCUAAACACUCUUGCCAGUAUCGGUGAUUCCUCAAUCGGCCCCCUUAUUGAAGACCUGAAGCAGCUUUGGACAACUUUCCAGACGUCAGUGUCAUCAAAUCUGGCAGAUUACUUGAGCGUUAAACAUCUAGCUAUUGUUCUGAAAUAUGUGUCCCAGAGAGGGAGCAAGAUCAUCGAAAGGGAUUUCCUUCAGUGCUUUCAAGUUGGAGUUCCAAAUUUGCUAGUGUGUUGUCAAGAUGAUGUCAUCAACACAAUUCUCUCCGUCUACUGCCAGGAUGCUAAACAGUCUCUGCCUCGUCCUGACGAAGUGUUGGUGUGCACACAAAAGACAAGCAUAAAUGAGGUUGAAAUAUUUUGGAGACGAGCACUGUACGAUGAUUGUGGGAAAAUAUACUGUUUGGCAAACGUAGAACAUCUUAACUAUGACGUCAGUGAUAAAGGAGAAGGACGUUUGGAUUACCAUAUGCAGCGUGCACUAACCCGAGAAAUUAAGUUCAAGUUGGUAGCAAUCUGUGGAUCCGAGCAAGAGAACAGUUCCCGUAUUGUUGCCGCUUUGGACAAAUACAGAAGGCCACCUCUUCCUCUGAUGAGUCAUCAAGUUUUGUUACCGUACCUUCGUGAAAAACUGACGGUAGAUAUGGCGAAGAUGCCAGUAGUUCCGGCUGCGGCUGUAGACUUUGAAUGUUGCACAGUUCGUGUUAUAAAAUCCUGGAGAUCUGGCGUCGGAAAGACCCUAUACAAGAAAAGAUCACUGGAAAAGCUAAAUAUUAUUCACAAGAGGCUGAAUAGAGCUGGACGUGCAUCAUCAAUAACGAUACCUAUCCAUGAAAAGAAGAUUGAAAUUGAUGAAAUCAUGACGGUCCUUUUGAAACACACUACACCGUACAUGGAAAUAGAGCCAAGGAUUUUCCAUAUAGAUCUCUCACACGAGGUUGAAGAUGGUGUCGAUUAUCUUCUUUUCCAACUUCUUGUUCUGGGAUGCCUCACUGACAGCUAUGGAUAUGUGUGGAAAAAAUCCCCCUAUGAUCUUUACUUGGUGGAGUCAUUACCUAUCCUUUCAAAGACUACCGAUAAGGACCAAGUGGACAAAUACUUGCAUCGAUGUUUGGACAUUCUACCCGAUAUUGUGUGUAGGUCACCGCUGGAGAGUUUUGGUGUCUACAAAGGCUCCAAAAAACCUGAAGGCUUUAGAGACAGUGAUGCCUUAUUUGAUCAACAAGAGUUUGAGAGCAUUGUGUUCCAGAGACCCUUUCAAUAUCUCAUGCGUAUGGAUACGGGUCAGUCUAUGACAGGCAUCAACUUAAAAGAAGUUUCUGGUACUCCUCAAGGAUGUCUCCAGACUUUGCUAAGACAUUGUGGCGUAGUUGACCCAUCUUGGUCAGAAUUGAGAAAUUUUGUGUGGUUCCUGAAUACACAACUCUUAGACUUCGAAAAAUCUGAUUACGUCAGCGAUGCUGCAGCAGAAUUCCUGCCAGGAUUUGCCAAAUUUGUUUUGAAGUUUUUGAUACAGAUGUCACGGGAUUUUGCUUCACGAUCAUUGAAUUUGAGCGAAGAAACACCGAACUCCGCAACUCUUACUGUGAGAGAAGAAAGGGAAGUUGUUUUUGAUACAGACAUCAGAAAAUUUCAAAUGAGGCGAACAUGGGAAAAUAGUCCACACCCGUAUUUGUUUUUCAACCCCGAUCACAACACCAUGACCUUUGUGGGGUUUACAAUUGACCGAUGGACCGGUAAUUUGAUGGAUUACAAAACCAAAAAAGUUAUAGAGAAAGCAAUUCUGCCAAAGGAUUUGGGAACAGCUCUGUAUCAAAACAAUGUGAACAUGAAUGAAGAUUUUGACAGAUUGGAAAGACGAGACAAACUACAUAAGCUGUGUUCCGUGAUGGGUUUGAAGAAAGUGCAUGACCCCGACAGUACUUACGAACUGACCAUGGACAAUGUGAAGAAGAUAUUAGCCAUUUACAUGAGAUUUAGGUGUGACAUACCUGUGAUUAUCAUGGGGGAGACAGGUUGUGGAAAAACGAGACUGAUUCAGUUCAUGUGCCAACUUCAGUGUCCCGACGUCACAAACAUAAAGAACAUGCUUGUGAUGAAGGUGCAUGGUGGUACAAAGAGGGCAGACAUCAUCAACAAAGUUAGAGAAGCUGAAAGAGAAGCCAAAAGAAAUUCGCAAAUAGAGGAUGCUAAAAACAUGUAUACUGUGUUAUUCUUUGAUGAGGCAAACACAACUGAAGCAAUCGGCGUGAUCAAAGAGAUUAUGUGUGACAAAACUAUCUGUGGAGAGCCUCUUGACCUUUGUCAGUCUUUGAAAAUUGUUGCCGCUUGCAAUCCGUACAGAAAGCAUUCCAAAAAGAUGAUAGAGAGACUUGAACAAGCUGGACUUGGUUAUCACGUGGACGCUGAUGGCACGACAGAUAGAAUGGGGAGAAUACCGAUGCGAAGAUUGGUGUAUCGAGUUCAGCCUUUACCACAAAGUUUGCUGCCUUUGGUUUGGGAUUUUGGGCAACUUGACACAAGUGUAGAAGAAACAUACAUAAGACAAAUGGUCCUGAGAUAUAUUAACAAUGGCAAAGUUCCAGAUGUUGAUGAUCUUGACGAGAGUCUGGCCCAUAUUCUAACAGCAGCACAGAAAUUCAUGAGGAAUCAAAAGGAUGAGUGUAGUUUUGUGAGUUUACGUGACGUCGAAAGAGUUCUCGAUGUAUUCAGUUGGUUCUACACCCAAUCUGAAAAUGGCUCAUUGCUGUUAGAUAGGUUGGACUGUUCAACUGAGACCGACGACUCGUCGAACGAGGACGAUGAAGAGGAUGACAACAGCGAAACUGAAAACACCGAGGUUGUUUCAAAUCUUACACAAGCAUUAGUAUUGGCGCUUGGUGUAUGCUACCAUGCGUGUUUGAAAAACAGAGAUGAAUUUCGGUUUACAAUCACAGAAACUUUUAUGGAUCCAUUUUACUUACCACGUGGUGCUGGACAAAUGUUGGAUCUGAUAGAAAGAUGUCAGAGUAUCUGUUUGGAAGAAGUUAAGUUGGAAGAGAACAUUGCAAAGAACAAAGCCUUAAAAGAAAAUGUUUUUAUGAUGCUAAUUUGUAUAGAAUUACGAAUUCCAUUAUUUCUUGUGGGAAAACCCGGAAGCUCAAAAUCUUUGGCGAAGACAAUAGUUGCAGAUGUCAUGCAAGGAAAUUCUUCUUACUCCAAGCUUUUCCGGAAGUUCAAACAAGUAAAAAUGGUAUCAUUUCAAUGCAGUCCAUUAUCAAUAGCAGAAGGCAUAAUUGCAACAUUUCGCCAGUGUGCAAAAUAUCAAAAAGAUGGCGACCUGCAGAAAUUUGUCUCUGUAGUUGUUCUGGAUGAAGUAGGACUUGCAGAAGAUUCUCCAAAAAUGCCACUAAAGACAUUACAUCCACUGCUGGAAAACGGUUGCCUAGACAGUCAAGAACCAGAGCCCUACAGAAAGGUGGCUUUUAUUGGGAUAUCAAACUGGGCCUUGGAUCCAGCAAAAAUGAACCGAGGGAUUCUUGUUCAACGGGAAACGCCUGAUCUUGACGAAUUAACGGAAACGGCGACAGGGAUAUGUAGUGAAGAAAAUCAACAUUGGAUUCGUCCACUGAUUAAGCCUCUAGCGGAAGCAUACCGGGAUGUCUUUAAAGCAGUGCUCAAGAAAAGGGAAUUUUUUGGAUUGAGAGACUUCUACAGUCUUAUCAAAAUGAUUUACGCAUUUACCGUCACAAACCAAAAACGCCCAACUUGGCUGAUGUUGAAACAUUCAAUAAGAAGGAACUUCGGAGGAAUGGAAAAGGAAGAUAUAGAUCCCCUGAACAUUUUUGAGAGGCGAUUGAAUUCUGUAACAAAAAUAGAACAGCCAAGCAUAGGCGACCCAGACUGUAGCCCAACUGGACUAAUCAAAGCUUGUCUUCGAGAAAAACAGUCAAGGUAUCUCCUGUUGCUCACGGAGAACUACGGUGCUCUCUCAGUGUUACAACAAAAAGUAUUGAAAAUGAACGCCAUCACAAUUUUUGGGAGUAGUUUUCAAAGUGAUCAGCAAUAUACACAGGUCUGUCGAAAUAUCAACAGAAUCAAAGUUUGCAUGGAGACCGGGGCCACUGUCAUUCUACUGAACCUGGAAAACCUCUAUGAAAGUCUGUAUGAUGCUUUAAAUCAGUAUUAUGUUUAUCUUGGAGGAGAACGUUAUGUUGACCUUGGCCUCGGCUCCCACAGGGUCAAAUGCAGAGUUCACAAAGAUUUCAGGUUAAUUGUUGUUGCAGAGAAAGAUGUAGUUUAUAGAAAAUUUCCAAUUCCUUUGAUAAACCGACUUGAGAAACACUUUUUGAACAUAUCUACAAUGCUGUCGCAUUUACAAAUGAACCUCACAAGUGUUUUGGAGCAAUGGGUAGAAGACUUUAUCACCCCCAUAGUUCCAGUACAAGCUCACCAUUUCAAAAAGAAAACCUCACCUAACCUGUCCAAGAUGGACGUUUUCAUCGGGUACCAUGCGGAUAUGUGUGCCUCAAUUAUUCUUCAUGUUUGCCAUGAACUUUGUGGAGAAGAAAAUAGAGGUAGUGACACGGAAAGUGUUAGCGAUAGUGAAGAGGAGCCAGAAAAAUCUCAAAAUGUUGAUGAAAAAAUUGAGCAUUUGAAAGAAAAGAUUCUGAAGGACUCCAAAGAUUUGCUUUUAUGGAGUGUUACCCCAGAUGCAGUCCUGCGUCUAGGAAAGACGAAGUUAAAGGACUAUGAAAAAGACAUUCGAAACCAGUACUUUUUUGAACAGAAACAUGACAGUCUUUCUUCUUAUUUGGUUCAUCACCUGACCGACGAAAAGGAAACCCUCUGUCUCCAGGUAACAACGCAUUCGAAACUGCUCACAAGCGGUGACGUAGAAGAUAUUUCAAGAAUUGUGGGAAUAGAAAAUGAUCACAUUUCCCUCCUUUCACUUCAAUCAUUUUACACAGAACAACAAUUUUGCCGUCAAUUGAGAUGCAGUUUUGAGAAAAGCCUUCAACAUCAGAUGUUUCUGAUCGUCCAGUGUGACAAUGGCAUUGAAAAUGCAAAUUUAAUUGCGUGUGCCCGGUAUUGUGUUUUGGAUGAACUUCAACAACUUUCAGAUGCUAGAAAAAAGCAAACACAUAUCGUGUUUAUCAUCCACUUGCCAAGAAUGUCAUCUGGAUAUUUUGCAGGAUUUCAGUGUGGAGUCUGGAAAACUGUGCACAUAGAUGACAUAAGAAGUCCUGAUAAUGACAUCCCAAGAAUAACCGAUAUGGUAGGAAAGAGCAUUGGAACACUUAUAGAAAAUGCAACAAAGGCAAGACAUUUAGCUCAAACAGUCAAAGACAGUAGUUCCGUGGAUGAGGAAGAGAACGUUGUCAUGUAUAGGAGAGAAGACGACGAGGAAUUAACUGAUCACACUAAACAGGUGGCUCUUCAUAGAAAUUUCAACUUCCCAGCACUUGUGAAGAUGUGUGUACACUCGUCCUUGGCAAUGGUAAAGGAUACAGAUGAUCCUGGGAGAGCCACGCAUCGUGUAAAAGUGCUGAUAAGACUGCUGCACGAUGCAAGCAAACCAGACGAUGUCUCGUUCAUCAUGGGAGUCUGUUUACAUCUAUCUACACUAAUGAGAGAAAAAGAGGACGAAUUUACGGGGGAUACGGCUAAUAUAUGGCUCACCACAGAAGCAACAAGCAGAGAUCAUAUUAACCGAGUUGGAACAUUCAGGAAAGCAAUGACGCAGUGUGUUGUGGACAAGCUAGCUCCCUUGCUUGCAGGGAUAAUUUCUAAGGUGGACACAAAUAGAAACAUGGAUAUUUUAGCAGAAGCAGAUUGGAAACAACAUUUGUGGUUGCAAGUCAUUAACUGCCCACAGGCGACUAACAUCAAUUAUUCUAUGUUCAUAUCACCACAUGGUCUGAAGCAAAUGUCGGACUUCACUGUUUCAGGAACAGGCUUUAAUGGCCAUAUGUUUUCUGCAAAAUUGCCAUUUUCAUGGAUGAUAUUCAGAUUAGUACAGAACGCAAUGCUCACACGGCUUUCGAUUAAAUCUGAACGAACAGAUUUAAGGGAGCAGAUUCCUCACAUCGUCAGAAUUGUUGAGGAUAGACCUCUUGGGGGGAUUCUAGCAACAUCGCUGCAGGAGGUUUGCGAAGAAGAAUAUACAACUGCAUACAUACAUGACUUUAUUCAUAUGGUAUAUCCGCAGUGCUCAGACGAUGAACUACAAGUUGUUUGUGAGGAUCUGAAGAAAGGGUGUCAUUUGCUGUUUGGCGAGGAAGACAAAUCGAAAUCAGCAGUAUACUGGAUUGUUGCAAUUCACGUGGCAUUUGAAAAGUCUAACCAACUCUUUCAGAACUUUAGUUUCAUUUCUCAAGUUUGGUCAAAUUGUGGCUCUGUUGUGAAAGAGUAUAUGCAAAAUGACGAAAAUAAAGCGCUGGUCACAAAUAAAGAACAGAUACUGGACUUGGUUGGACUUUGCCUCUUACUUCGCAAUCUAGAGCCAAAAGUAGAAACAUUUACAGAUGCCAAAGGAAGACAGAAAUGGGUCUUGAUGGUAAACAAAUAUAGACCCAUUGUUGAAAGGAUUCUCGUUGAAGAUUCAUACAACGCUUUGAUUGAUGACACUAAUUCCAAGCGCUGGAGUGGGCUCCAAGAAGCAAGAUAUCAGUGGACAAGAGCUACUGUACUUAAACUUUUCCUUGAACAUGUUUGUUCUUCAAACGAUUUUCACGCAAAACGAUGCAUGAUAUUGUGGAAGAUGUUAAAAGGAGAGGCUGAUUUAAAAACUACCCAAUCUCUUGAAAAAAUUGAGAAGUUUCUGAAGAUUUGCAUGAAGGAAGCUAUGAAAAAGGCUUUUGGUGAUCAAGAGAUUUGUAAAUCCUGUGAAUCACAAAUAUCAGAGCGACCAGUGCAACUUCCAUGCGGUGACGUUAUUUGUGUCAGAUGUUUCAAGGAAGCAGCCAUUGUUGGACAAACGGCAUGUCCGGUGUGUCAUGUAGCUUUCCCACGUGAUUUCCAGCCACUUGAUACAGAGAUCUGCAGUCCAGAAAUUAAAGAAUUCAAUACUUUCAAAAAGUGUUGCAAUGGAUUUUACAUGGAUGUUGUUUCUCAACUCUGUUUCUCGGACGACAAGGCACCAUCAUCAGACGUCAUAGAGAAACUGAUGUUACAUAUUGCCAUCAUUCCAAAAUCAGCAGAUACUCCUGAAAUAAUGAGCAAAGAAAUAUCAAUAUUUGAUGAAGGCAUCGAUCCUUCCCCGGUUCUGCGCUCCUUCCUGUUACAGCAUCUUCUGAGAACGAGUGUCCAAGAUGUACAAACGUAUUUGAGAACAUACCUUCAAAAAGCACAGGAUUUGUUCAAGAAUGAAGAGAGAAGCCUGCUGGAGCUAAGCGUCAUGAUAAUUAAUUGUCUGGAGGAUUCGUACUCCCAAGAAUGUUCAAAAAUGGCAGAUAACCGAAGAGCAGAGCUGAAAAUGGCCCUACAAAUGCUUUCAAACAAUGCUCAAAAUCUGCAGACAGAGCCUUUUGGAAUUGGAAAGGUGAUAUGCUUGUCAGAAAGUAGGUUUGGCUUAAAAGUUGCGGCCGAUUGCCUGUACAAGAUUGUGGUGACAAAAAAUCACAAAAAAACCAAAAACGAAGCGAAAUUUCUUGAUGUAGCCGAACAAUUCUGCGAAAGUUGGGGAUUGAAUACUCCAAGGGUUUUCAUCAUAAAAUGUAUUUGCCAACGCUAUGGUGUCGAGAGUUUUCAAACGAUUUGCAACAGUAAAGUCCACAGCAUUGUUGAAGCACUGAAUCUACCAGAACUCCAGAUGAACCAAAUUAUCCAGUGUUCAGACAGAUUUAUAGUGUGCGGAAGAAUUUAUCAGGACAUCAGAGAAGCAGUUGUUAAAUCUAUUUUUGGAAAAAAUAAUACGCCUCUAAGGAUGGUACUUGAAGAACUGCAAGAACCAGAGUCCUAUCAAAGAAUUACAAUACUGCUUGCCCUGUUCAGAGAAAUCACGUUAUCCAAUGUAUUCGAUCCCAAGGACAAACGUAGAAUAUCGGAGGAGCAAAGAAAGCAAAUAGAAGGAUAUCUACUAGAAAAUUCAUUAUUUAACGAUCGGGUGGAGGUGCUUGUGGACGUUAGCGGGAAUACAAUGAUGGGGAAAAUGCAUUUAGAGUGGAUAAAGAGCGGCAUUGACCUGCGUCAGCAAAACAUCAUUUGUCUGCUAUUUCAUUUUUUCGUAACGGUGUUGGAAACUCGUACAAAACAUACGCUUUUGGAACCGUUGAGAAGAAUUAUAUUUGAACCCGAUACAAUGCAGGAUGCACUUAUCCCAACAAUGCCUCAGGAUGACUCAGAAGAACUUCGUUCAAUCAUCGAUGCGGCUUCUCCCUUGGAGGGGACUCCUGUUGCAUAUCGAUGUCCAAAUGGUCAUAUCUACUUCAUUGGUGAUUGUGGCCAACCAACAACACUUUCACGGUGUCCGGACUGUGGUCAGAAGGUUGGCGGAAGAGAUUACAAUCUGCAGCAGGAAAACAAGUUGGAUCAGGGAGAGGACAUGACAGCAAAAGGUCACAUACUGGGUGACGCUAACAGUAGACAAAGGACUGCUACACCUGAACGAGAUCUUUCGCCUUUAGAGUGUGCUGUGUUGAGAUUUUUCACUCAUAUGUCAAUGUAUCUAGGAGGAUGUAACUAUCCAAAGGCAAUACAAACACUAACUAAACCAAAUGUGCCCGAGGACAAUGUACGUGACUUUUUCUGGAGACAUAUGGAGAUGGAUGUUCUGGUUAUACAGAAGGCGACCGGGAAAAGUGCCGAGGACGUCUACCUUUUGCUGCACUGCAUUUGCAAAAAUUUCAUGACAGAAGAUGGAGUUCAAGGGAAUCAGGAGGACAUCUGUCUUUUAGCACGAAAAGACACUCGACGGAAAUGGGAAGAAUUAUUUACAACAACGUUUCUGCGCUCCAUAUUCAAGAAAAUGGAUAACGCCAUUCAAGAAGUAAAUGCCGAAAUGGGAAAGGACGUUCGACUAGCGUCUGAUCCUCUGGCGUGUCUCCUGAUUGAGGAGGAAGAUCCUACAGAAACCAUCGACCUGAACAAACUUCAUAAUAUGCCAAUUGUUUGGCGAUACAGAUCCCAAAUAACAAUAUCCCACCUCUCCCGUACAUUCCUUGCACAGGCUCCAAAAGACGCCUUCAUGAUACUUCGUAUCUUCCUGGAUGAGGAGCAUCAUUUGAAAGCAAUUAGAUUGAUUCCGAAUAUCAUAAAACUUCAAAAGAUAUUGGUACAACUUUACCAAGAUCGACUAGAGAAAGCAGAUGCAGCACACUUGUCCAUCGAGAAAAUGUUAGCCAAAGAAGGGAAGGAGCUUGGAUUGGGUGAACUUGUGAAAGACUUUUUUGAAGCAUGGCGCUGCGUCAGAGAACAUUUAGCCACGUUCACUUUCCUGACCCCAAAAGGAAACCGCCAGUUGCCCAUAGAAUGUAGUCAGAAACUGAUCACUGAAAAAGAUCCCAUUUCCUACUUACUACCAACAUUCCAAGACAAUGGUCUAUGUUCAUAUGCACUCUUAUACUUCUUGCUAAAAAAGCAGAACACAUUCUUGAUGGAAUAUUGCAGAAGAAAAAAUUCUCAGUAUAAAGAUCUACCGAGGAUCCAUUUGAAGGACCUGACGACUGCACAUCUCAUUUGCUUUAACCCUACAAAAGACAUUUUACCAAUAGUUAUGGCCAAUUGUCAAUACACGUUUGAAGUAGAAAAAGGGACGAGAGUGCAGUACAAUUUUGCUGACCUGGAAAGACAACUAACGGAUAGAAUUCUGUUUUCGAAAUCUGUUGUAGACAUGCCUCUCACAGAGUUCCCAAUCAUGACAUACGCCUCAGAAAGAACGAAUGCGGGGGUGUUUAGAGACCUUAGGAAAAAUGUCAAACAGGAACCUCUCGCACCAGUGGUUGUCCAUGAGAUUUGUCAUGAAUUCAGAUCGUAUCCUGACAUUUGUGAUUCGCUGAAAAAACUUGACAUUGCCAUCAGCUUUUUAAGAUCUGUCGGAGGAGACAUUGAAAUGAACCUGGAAAGCUUCAUGUCGGCUACUCUUCAAAUUGAAAGUCCAUUUCCAUCACAAAAGGUGAAGAUGGCGUGUCAAUGUAAGCAUGCUCAAGCCCUUUGGAUCGCUCUUGCUUUGACUAAAACUAAGAAUCAGUCGUCUUUUGAGGAGGACGCAUUUGAAGGUGUUCCUUCUGAGUUUAGGAAGGAGAUGGAUGGCACAGAAAGAAGGGAUGUACAAAUUAUGUUCAAGAGCAAGGAGAUUCCAUUAGAGAAAAUGAAAAUCCUCAUUGAAAUGAUGUUUGAGUGCAUUCUGUUACAGAUAACCGUCCCAGCUGAUGAGGAUUUCGAUAUGGCAACACUAAGUUUGAGAGACACUUUGAUGGAGUACAGUCAGACUCCUUGCUACGAUAUCAUACCACCAAAGGUACACGAACCACCGGAUGUAACGGAUUUAAUCCAGAAAAUACCGGUUUCAGUUUUGAAUACCAAAGCAACAGAUGUGUGGUUGUGUAUUUAUACCAUGUACACAGAAAAAGCCAGACCAAGACGUUAAAUUCUGCGGUACUACGAACAAACACUUUUCUUCUGCGAAGCAGAUGUUUUAUGUAAUUUUUGUUUGUGAAGUGUAGUCUUAUUUUGAACAUGUCGUGGUGGGACAUAAGUAAAGAGUAUUCAGUGUGUGUAGUAGCAUGUAGAUUAUAAUAAUAUAUGUAUUACCUGUUUUAUUGUUUUGGUUGUCACUUUUAGAUUUUUCAUCUUUCAGUACUUCUGUUUUGUUUACUUUGUUGUUUGUAUUGACUUUGUUAUUAUAUUCUACCUACGUUACACAAAGAUGAAAUAUCUAGCCUUUGUAAUAUCUCAUAAUGUGCUGUGAUUUAUUUGCAACUUGUUAUAAGAUGCCAUAGUAAUGAAUAAUUAUUGGCAUUUACGACUAACCUGAAAGAAAUCAUUUCACAUAUUGUAUGUGAGAUAUGACCUUUGUAUAGUGGAUACUAGAAAUGUGUAUAUUCCAUAUUUAUUAUAACCCAAGUUCGACAAGUCCUUUCCAUCCAUGAAAUUGAUACUUUUUUCGAUUCUCUGAUAUUCGAAAUUCAGUAUGUGAGAAAAAUUAAAUCAACUAUCAAUUCAGAAUAUGACGUUACAAAGGUUGAUGACCUUUUACCAUCGAUCUUUUCUUGAAAAUUCUCCAGAUUUUGACAUGCAAGUAAAAAUUAUGGGCCACAUGUGUCAACGAGAAAUGUUUUCAUAUAUGUACAAUAUUAAAGUUUAUAUAUAUAUAUAUAUAUAUAUAUAUAUAUAUAUAUAUAUAUAUAUAUAAGAAGAAUAUACAUGCACAACAGAUAUGGUCUGGAUAUCAACGUCUUUUUGACGUCGCACAUAGAAAAUUCACGAUACAAUUUUGUGUUUUUAUUUAAUAACAAAUGAAUUACUAUCCAAAAUAAGGACUCUGUUUGCCAAUCAAAAUCAAUAUUCGUGUGUUUGAUUAAAAUAUAAAGCAUUUUGUGAUAGGUUCCCGAUGCAAGCCAAUAUAUUUUCAAUUUUAUCAAAAUGACGGAAUCGUGUCGUUUUAAAUUUUCGUAUGGCUAUUCGUCACGCAGUUUAUCUUCUAGAAAACAGAAUACAUGUCUGGACCAAGUUUAUAUUUAUACCAUACCUUCAUUUGUUCGGUACACAUAAUUUUGUAUGUCCAAAGCUGCUACCUCUGCUUUCUAAAAUGAAAAAAAAAACUUCACAGGAAUUAGCAUACUGAAUUUGAGUAAAAUUGAGACUUUCUCCCGUUUUUGACAUUAUGUUUUCAAAGACAAUUUAUGAAAAACUGUGUUUGACAUGAUCUCUUUUAUGAAAUCAAAUAUUUUGUAUUUCUUGAAAAUUUUGAAGAUUGACUUGUAAGUAGAAAUCAUGUGCCGCAUGUAUCAACGAGAACUGUUACCAUAUUAUUACUGGCUUUAACAUUUUUAUUUUGCAGGCUUAAAAGGCUAUCAUCAUACAUCAUGCAACACUUCUGUUAAUUAAUUAGUUUUAAAUCACGGUCAUAAUUUGAGUGAAAUUAACACAUCAUUCAUAACCCACACAAGUCGGACAAUUUCAAUGUACUGCUUACAUACCCACAACACACGCUAUAGAUUAUAUAUAUAUACACAACACACGCUAUAGAUUAUAUAUAUAUACACAACACACGCUAUAGAUUUUAUAUAUAUAUAUAUAUAUAUACAUGAGCUGAUCAUGACUCCUGUGCUUUACCCUAAUAUCUAAUAUACGCUAUUGUUACUUGUUGCGGGAACAAAAAAAAACAAAAAAAACGAGGUACGAGUGUACUGAUAUUUUAAAAGUCAAAUCGGCUUGCUAUGCAUUUCACAUAUUACUUUAUAAUUGUAUUGAUAAUGAUUAUAGAACUUUACAAUGUAUUUAUCAUAUAUUACUUUAUAAUUGUAUUGAUAAUGAUUAUAGAACUUUACAAUGUAUUUAUCAUAUAUUACUUUAUAAUUGUAUUGAUAAUGAUUAUAGAACUUUACAAUGUAUUUAUCAUACAAUGCACCUGGAAAGUAUGCUAAUAUGUGGCGUUUGCUUUUAACUUCCUUUGCUUAGCUGUUCGAGUAUUUAUUUGAAGAUAUGGUUUUUCAUAUGAAAACAAUGAAAGGUUUGGGUUUUUUACCGGAUGCGGUAUACAUUUUUUUUUUUAAGUUAUGGUAUAAUCUAAAUAUAGUCUUGAUAUUGUGUGUGCAGUUUAUAUAUUGUUCUGUUUAUUUUUAGAGCUCUCUUUGUACUUGGGAUAUUGUCAGCCAUUCACAAGCCUUGGAUAUGAAAUAAUAAUGUAACUAACAGAAACACAUGAAUCAGAUUAUGUAAAUUCAUAAGAGUGAUCAGGGAGAGAGUUCGUUCUCCAGGUUAAACAGUCUUCUUUUUUCCGUUUUGGUAACCUAAUCCUUUCCACGACUGUUUGCUUUUAUUUUGUAAUAUCUGUGUCAAUAUAUUUUUCAAUGCUUUACUUUGUAUUGCUAUAAAAUAAAACAUUGGUUGCUGGA